CAUAUGAAAACAUUAUUGACAGCUUCUCUCUUGCAAAUGGAGGACGAAGAGUCAUCAAAAGUCAACUCUACACAACCCCCAUCUUAUUUAGAGGUUAUAUGCAAAAGUUCUGGUAAAAUAAGCCGUUAUGCCGCGGGUACGAAGGCGGGUUUUGCAGUUAAUUUGAUAAAUAGGAAGUUGGACAUUGGAAAUCCUCUUGCUUUGCAUAUUGAAGCAGUUAAAGAAGGGGAAGAACCAAUCAAUUUUGGCCCCAAUGCAGUUCUUGUGGAUUAUGGAAAGGAUUGGAAGUUGCAAACAGUUACCGAAGUAGAUUAUGCUGAAGGUUUUAGGAAAAGAGAAGAGGAUGGACCAUUUGCAGCACGGGUGCCUGUUGUAAUGAGUUCUGACCGGACACAUCCUUAUAAGACAGUUUCAAAACCUGUUAUCAGUCUGAUGUACAUAGGAAAGAUAUUGUUAGCGUUCGUUUUGAUGUUUGUACUUGGUGCAAUUUUCACAAUUGCACUUGAGAAUCUUCCCAGAUUGAUAUUGUUUCUUAACUCCUCCAUGUAAUACUCAUUGCUCUUUGCAAUUUUCUAAAAGAAUAUAUUCGUUGUAUCAUGUCAAACAAUUGAUUCAAGUAUUAUUUUUUCAUAAA